AUGGCACAUCCCUCACAACUAGGAUUGCAAGACGCGGCCUCCCCUGUUAUAGAAGAACUCCUACAUUUCCACGACCACGCACUAAUGAUUGUCCUCUUGAUUAGCACACUGGUCCUUUACAUUAUUGUGUCAAUGGUCUCUACAAAACUUACUAAUAAAUAUAUUCUAGAUUCCCAAGAAAUUGAGAUUGUAUGAACUAUUCUCCCAGCAGUUAUUCUAAUUUUAAUCGCACUCCCAUCUCUGCGAAUUCUAUACCUUAUAGACGAAAUUAACGACCCGCACCUUACGAUCAAAGCCAUGGGACACCAAUGGUACUGAAGCUACGAAUAUACAGACUAUGAAGAUCUCGGAUUUGAUUCUUACAUGGUCCCCACCCAAGACCUAGUACCGGGACAGUUCCGACUCCUAGAGACAGACCACCGAAUAGUAGUACCAAUAGAGUCCCCGAUCCGAGUUCUCGUAUCAGCUGAAGAUGUAUUGCACUCUUGAGCGGUCCCUGCCUUAGGGGUAAAAAUAGACGCCGUUCCCGGGCGCUUAAACCAAACAGCUUUCAUUGUCUCCCGCCCUGGUGUAUUCUAUGGACAAUGUUCUGAAAUCUGCGGGGCAAACCACAGCUUCAUGCCAAUCGUCGUGGAAGCCGUACCUCUUGUACACUUCGAAAACUGAUCCUCACUUAUACUUGAAGACGCCU